AUGAACUUCGUGCAAGAUGUGGAGAACACCGACAAAGCGCAGUCUUGGCGCAAACCAACGAUAAGGCUAGAAGAAAAGAACGAUGGCUUCCAAGAUGAACAUUUUGAAGUUGGCGAUGAAGCUGGAUUUCAGAGUCGGUUCACGCAGCAUUUUGGCGAAUCACAUUCGUGCACGUCCUCCUCACUCGGUACUCCUUACUCCUUCGUGCUCACUCACGACACCUCCUCGCUGUGA